ACCUGGAAGUCUCCAAUUCCUCCUGCUUGUAAUCUGAGUGGUCUAUGUGUUUAAGCUGUACAUUAUGGCAGACAAACUAACAAGAAUUGCUAUUGUUAACCAUGACAAGUGUAAGCCAAAGAAAUGUCGUCAAGAAUGCAAAAAGAGUUGUCCUGUGGUUCGAAUGGGGAAACUUUGCAUAGAAGUCACAUCACAGAGCAAAAUAGCUUGGAUCUCAGAAACACUUUGUAUUGGUUGUGGUAUUUGCAUCAAGAAAUGCCCUUUUGGAGCCCUGUCGAUUGUUAAUUUACCAAGCAACCUGGAGAAAGAAACAACACAUAGAUACUGUGCUAAUGCCUUCAAACUUCACAGGUUGCCUAUCCCUCGUCCAGGUGAAGUACUGGGAUUGGUCGGAACCAAUGGUAUUGGAAAAUCAACUGCCUUGAAAAUUCUAGCGGGAAAACAGAAGCCAAAUCUUGGAAAAUAUGAUGAUCCACCUGACUGGCAAGAAAUUUUGACUUAUUUUCGAGGAUCUGAAUUACAAAACUAUUUCACCAAGAUUCUGGAAGAUGACCUGAAAGCCAUAAUUAAACCUCAGUAUGUGGACCAGAUACCUAAAGCUGCAAAGGGAACAGUGGGGUCGAUUUUGGAUAGAAAGGAUGAAACAAAGACACAAACUGUGGUUUGUCAGCAGCUCGAUUUAACCCAUCUGAAAGAAAGAAAYGUUGAGGACCUUUCAGGAGGAGAACUUCAGAGAUUUGCUUGUGCAGUUGUGUGCAUUCAGAAGGCUGAUAUCUUCAUGUUUGAUGAACCUUCUAGCUACCUAGAUGUCAAGCAGCGCUUGAAGGCUGCCAUAACUAUUCGAUCCCUAAUAAACCCUGACAGGUACAUUAUUGUUGUAGAACACGAUCUAAGUGUGUUGGAUUAUCUGUCUGACUUUAUCUGCUGCCUGUACGGUGUGCCAAGUGCUUAUGGUGUUGUUACCAUGCCUUUCAGUGUAAGAGAAGGCAUAAACAUAUUCUUAGAUGGCUACGUUCCAACAGAAAAUCUAAGGUUUCGAGAUGCAUCUUUGGUUUUUAAAGUGGCUGAGACAGCUAAUGAAGAAGAGGUUAAGAAGAUGUGCAUGUACAAAUAUCCAGGAAUGAAAAAAAAGAUGGGAGAAUUUGAACUGUCCAUAGUGGCUGGAGAGUUCACUGAUUCUGAAAUCAUGGUGAUGUUGGGGGAAAAUGGAACUGGCAAAACUACAUUUAUCCGAAUGCUUGCAGGAAGACUUACACCUGAUGAAGGAGGUGAAGUCCCAGUUUUGAAUGUCAGCUACAAGCCACAGAAGAUCAGUCCUAAAUCUACAGGAAGCGUACGUCAGCUGCUGCAUGAAAAGAUCAGAGAUGCCUAUACACACCCCCAGUUUGUAACUGAUGUAAUGAAACCUCUUCAGAUAGAAAACAUCAUUGACCAAGAGGUUCAGACGCUGUCCGGGGGGGAGCUGCAGCGCGUCGCGCUGGCGCUCUGUCUUGGAAAGCCGGCAGACGUUUACCUCAUCGAUGAACCUUCGGCCUACUUGGACUCCGAACAGCGUCUGAUGGCCGCGAGAGUCAUUAAGCGAUUCAUUCUACAUGCUAAGAAAACAGCUUUUGUGGUAGAACAUGACUUUAUCAUGGCCACUUAUCUUGCUGAUCGUGUGAUUGUUUUUGAUGGUAUUCCUUCCAAGAACACACUUGCCAACAGUCCUCAGACCCUUUUGGCUGGAAUGAAUAAGUUUUUAUCUCAACUUGAAAUCACUUUUAGAAGAGACCCCAACAAUUACAGACCAAGAAUAAACAAGCUCAAUUCAAUCAAGGAUGUGGAACAAAAGAAGAGUGGAAACUACUUUUUCCUGGACGACUAAAUACUGAAUCUGAACGUCUCUGUAACUGGCUAUUACAAAUGCAAAUUGAAGUCUGAACAGUCGUGGGUUAAAAGACUUGAUCAGGUUUUAGGACACUUCAGCUUUUGGAGCUUAAACUCUCUUGCUGUGUGUAACACUGCAGGCCCCUAGCAGUGUUAAUUCUAUUCUGAGAAACUGCCAUUUUUUAAAUAUGGUAACAGCCAUAUUCUCAUUGUAAUAAUUCAAAAUUGACAACCCUCAAAUUGUGCAAAAGUUUCUCCAGAUUUUUUGAUUCAAUACAUUGUACUCAUGCACCAAGUCAUGACUGGAGUUAAUAAUUAAAACAAAAAACUUUGAAGCUGUUUCUUGUGUAAGAUGAAGACUUGCACAGACUAACAA